CACAAAUCUAAAAGAAAUAAAAAGAAAUUUAAAACUUUAAAGUACAUAAAAUCAAGUGGGCAAUUUAAAAAAUAAGUCUUAUAGAAAUAAAUCAGUUCAACAAAAAUAAGAUGGCAAGGAAUUUCUACCUAUUACUAAGUGACUACCUGCUUUUUAUUAUUGUUGUUGCAGCCACAACAGUCAUUCCAUUAUGGGGUAGAUUUUUUGGCAAGAAAAAGACGAGAACGAAGGCUGAUUAUGUCUUUGCAACCGGUGCAGUCUCGGCUGUAUCGAUGAUGUUGUCGAUUGCGAGAGGAACUUUGGGUGUGCGUUCAUUCUUAGGUUUCCCUAGCGAACAGUUCUACAGGGGCGCAGGCAUGUGGGAGACACUCUAUGGAAUGGUGACAGCAUAUCCAAUAGUUGCAUUUGUGUUUAUACCGGUUUAUUUUAAUCUUGAUAUUACCUCAGUUUAUCAGUACAUUGAACUGAGAUUCAACAGUCGACUUGUACGUUGUCUUGCUUCGGGAACAUACAUAUUUCGUUCAAUACUGAAUCUAGGUGUCACCGUUUUCACUCCAACUGUAGCACUUUAUACAAUAAUUGGAAUUCCUAUUUGGAUGUCACUUCUUGCAAUUACAAUAAUCAGCAUAUUAUUCAAUUUAUUGGGUGGUCUAAAACAAGCAAUUACAGCUGACGUCAUUCAAGUAGUUGUCACAAUUGUAGUUUCUGUGGCGAUUAUAAUACAAUCAACCAUAAUUGCCGGUGGAGUUACAGAUGUAUUGAAAGAGAAUUAUGACUCAGGCCGAUUGAACUUUUUCAAUUUUACUGGAAGUAUGAAGACCAGAGUCGACACAACUUCUGCAUGGCUGGGACAGCUCUUCAUGUCAUUAAGUUUGUUUGGAUGUCAACAAAAUUUCGUUCAGAGAUAUUUGAGUAUGAAGAGCAUUAAGCAAGUUACAAGAAUGCUCAUGCUGAAUAUUCCAGUCAUCAUCUUUUUAUUCUCACUCUCGUGGAUCGUUGGAAUGUGCAUUUACUCAGUAUAUUCAGACUGUGAUCCACUAAAAUUUGGAUACACAAAGUCAGCCGAUGCCAUUCUUCCAUUCUAUAUUCAGGACAAAUAUUCAUUCAUACCCGGACUAAUUGGAAUAUUUUUGUCGACACUUUUUAAUAGCGCAUUAAUUCUAAACGUAUCAAAUCUCAACUCAUUAGCUACAGUUACAUGGGAAGAUUUUUUGUCACAAUUACCGCAAUUUAAGGGAAUGCCUGACAAAAAGCAACUUAAGAUAAUCAAAUUUGUUGGAUCUAUUUACGGUUUAAUGAUAAUGGGCGUGGGAUUUCUAGUGCAACUACUCUCCGGCGUCAUAGAAAGUGCACAAUUAAUGACAAGUGCAACGAGUGGCCCAUUACUAGGAGUAUUCCUUCUCGCGAUUUUAGUGCCAUUUGCUAACUGGAAAGGAGCUUCUGUGGGCAUGAUUAUGUCACAUUUAAUUAUUUUGUCAAUUACGUUUGGACAUCUUCAAACUGACAAAUCUGUGCAGUUCUUGAAUACAUCAAUUACUGGAUGUACAAAUGAUACAUUUUCAAGUGACAUCCAACAACCAGCGGUGUCAAUGCUCAUCAGUUUAUCACAUACUAACCCAAUUUUUGUGGAUAAUUUUAUGGAAAAUGCAACAAAGUUGCCAUUUAUACAUACAGCAGAAAGCACUUCGGCACCAUUUAAAGAUCUUUUAAAUGAAAUCUUCUCCAUAUCCUACAUGUACUAUAGCUUUAUUGGCACAUGCAUAACAGUUGUAAUCGGCUCAAUUGUGAGCUUAUUGACAAUGUCAAAAGCUGAUGCUUAUGACUCAAAGUAUAUCCAUCCAUUCGUAUUUAAAUUAGCAAAAAUAUUUCCGGGCCAUUCUUAUUUGUUCUCCGAUGGUCAUCAGCUAACAGACUCUUUGAAGAAAAACAGUUCAAAUGUUAUAGUUGAGCACGAUAACUUAGCAUUUGAUAUAAAAAAUGAAGAAUCUAAAGACAGCAGUUUGAGAAGUUUAAAUAAAAUUCAUGUGAUAUCUGGAGAUCAUAGUCAGGUGCCUGAAGGUGAAAAAUAUAGAAAAUUAGAAUAUGUGUGAUUAAAUUGAAGCUCCUUUUUAACUUAAUAGCUAUUAAUAGUAAGAAUCGUAAAUUUAAAAAUUGGAUCAAAAAUGUUUUAAUUGUAAUUUACAAAAUAGACAUAAACAUGUUAACUAAGAGAGAAACAAAUGAGUCUUUUGAGUCAUUCAAUAAUUCCGCUAAUGGUUUAAAUGAGUUGUUGUCUCAAUCAAAUUUUUGAACUUUGUAAUAAUUGAAUGAUCUCUUUUAAUAGUUAACCAAAUGUUGAGUAUUUCCAAGUAAUCUGUGAUGGAUCAUACUACAUAUUUGUAAUUAUUAAGAAUCAAGUAUAUUUUAAAUUAUGUCAUGAUUUUUAAAUUUUUAUGUUCC